GCCUUGCAGGAAACCAUCUUCCUCAUUACAGCAACGUGUGUUUUCGUCGAUCAAAGACUUGAGAUUCAGUUCGGGUGCAAUGGGUCGUCGCAAGUCCAAAAGAAAGCCUCCUACUAAGAAGAAGCUGACGGGGGACCUGGACAAUCAGUUCACUUGUCCCUUCUGCAACCACGAGAAGUCGUGUGAUGUCAAAUUGGAGAGAAGCAGAAACACUGGGAUCAUCUCCUGCACGGUGUGUUUGGAGGAGUUCCAGACGCCCAUCACCUAUCUGUCAGAGGCCGUUGACGUGUACAGUGAUUGGAUAGAUGCCUGUGAAGCAGCCAAUCAGUAGCCCGAGUGGAGUUGCAAGCCAAGACGAGGUUGCGGCGGGCGGGUCUGUGCCCUGUAGGAUCAAGCUCCCCUGAGGAUAUUUCUGUAUGGUCACUUGAAAUGUACAGCAGUCUUAUUUACAGUAUGAGGUCUUCAGCACAAACGAGCUGUGAUUUGUCCCUGCAGAGUGAGGUUCAGAGGAAUGGUUCAGCCCAAGUGUUGCCUUUACUCUUGAUUUAGUACUUUAUUUGCAGUGUGUCAUUAUUGAGCACGGCUUUUGUUUGAUUUUAUUCUUUGGAAUUAUCUAAAAGACCCUUUAGAUCGUUUGUAGACAACCCUUUAAAAAACAUUUUAUGUUGAAGAUUGUGAAAAAAAUUAGUUUUAGUUGCUUUUGUUUGCUGUGUAAAUGCAAUUUUAUACAGGAGACCGCUCGAUGUGAGAGUAAGAUGAAAACAGUCCAUUACACAAAUUGUCCAUCAUACACUGUUUAAAGCAAUCAUCUUUAACCAGGUGAAGUGUGUCUUGGUGUUUCUCUGAAGACAUUUCAGGCCAUCGGUCACACGGCUGAAUGCACCAGUUGAUCUUACGUAUUAUGUCAUUGGCAGAUCUGUAAUCCUUGUUGAUCGCCCUCAGGUAGCAUUGAUGUUACGGGUUCAGUCAUAAACAAUCACAAAGAUCUCCUCAUCCUCAUGCAGACGGCCGUGUCACAGCAUUAGGUCAUUCCACUGGAGAGAGAGGGACGGAAAUGUGAAGGGUGUAAGCUUAGCUGCUGAAUUCACUUUGAAAAACUUCUUAAUCCAUUCAGAAUUUCAUGUGGUAUUGUGUUUUGCUUACACGUAGAAAGAAAUUUAAAAAGUCCAACACGUACAAAUCAUCUUUUGUUAUAGAGCAAGUAUGUAAAAAAAAACAAAAACAAAAAAAUAACAGUAAUCUUAUCCCAUAAUCGAGCUGUGAUAUAGUUUAUUUUCAUAUGCAAAGGCCAAAAAGGAGGAAGCUGUUUUUUCUUUUGUUUUUUUUUAUGAAAUAAAAACAUUCAAAGGUGUGACGUUGGAAAUAAAUGAGCAAUAAUACUUGAUACUAGUAAAAGUUGAUUGUUUAUUUUAUUAUGUGUUUAAUACCAUGUUUGAGUAGAUGAUCCCAAAUAAAUCUUGCACCAUCGUGAGCAAAA